UACUAGAAAUUUAGAAACAAUUUCAAUGUUGUCUUGUGGAGCGAAUAAAAUAAAUAAACAUUACAAUUGUCUGGAUCCAUGCAAAAUAAAACAGUGUUACUUCACGGAGAUAUGUAAGAGUAUGACAGUGAGAGUAUGGAAAUAAUGAUUAGUUAAAAACAUCGGAAAAUGUUAUCGUGGCGUGGCUAAAGAGUGUUUGGUGAAAUACAUGUAUUUAUAAAUUAUACGUAAUGCCACGAGGAGUGAAGGCUGAAACAGAAAAUAUUGAAUCAACAGCUGAGAACUAUGAGACAGUACAUGCUGGUACGAUUAUUGUUCUACAUCCAGGUUCCACAACUUUGUGGCUUGGUCGUGCAACGGACCAUGCUCCAUUUUCCAUUCCUCAUGUCAUAGCUUGGAAAAAACCCCAAUCAUGUACAAUUCAACAAGAGCCACAAAGCCUGUUGUGCAGACCAGGUUUAAAUGGAAAAGAGAGCAAGACUCAACAAGAAUUAGCAUUGAGCAUUGUUGAACAAGGAAUCCUCACAAAAAAAGCAAAAAAACAACAGCAAUUACAAGAUCAAGUAGCAAUGUUUAAUGCCGAAUCUUAUCCUACAGUAUUGGAUGAAGUAUCUCAUAACCAGUGGACUAAUGUCAGUCAUUCUCCGUCAUAUGUUGUUGGUGAACAGGCAAUGUUUAUCAAUGAUGAAGACCCGUAUACAUUACAUUGGCCAAUGAAAGGUGGAAGCUUAAAUCUACAUUCUGGCAUCGGUGGAUCCCUUUCCUGUAUUUGUGCCAACCUUGAAACAAUCUGGGCUUAUGCCAUUGAAACGGUCCUUAACAUCCCACUAUCAAGUUUAAAGUUCCAUAAUGCAGUCCUUAUAGUUCCUGAUAUGUUUAAUAAACAGCACAUCAAAGAAAUGCUCAACAUUUUAUUAUGUGGACUUGGAUUUUCAUCUGCAAUUAUUCAGCUGGAAUCUGUGAGCUCUUGUUUUGGCUGUGGUAUUAGCUGUGGAUGUGUGGUUGAUGUUGGUCAUGAGAAGACUUAUAUCAGUUGCAUAGAGGAUGGCUUAAGCUUACCAUCGUCUAGGAUGAUUUUACAUUAUGGUGGAAAUGACAUUACCAGGUGUUUUUAUUGGUUAUUACGAAAGAUGAAUUUCCCCUACAAGAAGUGUAAUCCUUACCACGAUAAACUUGAUGCUUAUUUAAUUAAAGAACUGAAGGAGACAUUUUGUCAUUUAAACCCGGAAAUCCCCGCUGGUCAAAUUCAUGAAUUUCAAGUUCAUCGUCCAGGAGUGAAACCUCUGUUAUUUGAACUUAAACUUGGAGAUGAAGUUAUGGAAGCGCCAAUGGCAAUGUUUUAUCCACAAUUGUUUGGUAUUAUUGGUGAGGUACUAGUUAGUGCACCAUCUUUACAUUAUGACGAUGCUGAAGAUCUUUUUGAUGAUAAACAAUUAUUAGAGUCUGGUAGCAGAGAAUCCAAAACAGGUAAAGGAGAUCAGCCUUUGAUGGAUAUUGAUGAUCUUACCAAGCCAAAUGAAAAAAUAUCAAUGAAGAUGACAACUGAUGCAAUUAACACAGAGAAAGGUUUAGGAAUAGAUAAUGCAAUCAUUCGAACUAUAUCUUGUUGUGGUUCUGAAGAAACACAACUGAAACUGCUCAGUAACAUUCUUGUCAUCGGAGGAGGGUUUAUGUUCAAUGGAGCUCUUACUAAACUUCAAGAACGAUUAAAGUCAAAGUUAUUGCAUAGUAAAACUCCAAAGAUGGCUGAUUCUGUUGAAGUUAUUGUCAAAGCAAGGGAUACAGACAUACGAACCAUAUGUUGGAAAGGAGGAGCUGUUUUGAGUAUCCUUGACUCUGCCCAAGAACUGUGGAUUAGUCAACACGAAUGGAAUGCUAUAGGUGUUAGAGUAUUACGGGAACGUUCGUUAUUUUUGUGGUCAUCAGAUCGAUAAAAUAUUUUACCUCAUGUUGAGAAAGAACUGUAUUAACAUAGCUACAUAUUUACAUGCUUAUUGAAAAGCA